UCUUCCUCCUCCCGGGGGAAGAGCGGAACUUGCUCGAGGGCACAGAGUCGCGGUGGGCUGGGCUAUCCUCUUCAGGUGCCUGGCAGGAAAAGCCCAUCCCCUCCGGAGCCCCGGAGGCCGCCUGCGACCGCGCAGCGCACAGCGAUGGAGUCCUGGCUCGAGACGCGCUGGGCGCGGCCCUUGUACCUGGCCUUCGUGUUCUGCCUGGCGCUGGGCCUGCUGCAGGCCAUCAAGCUCUACUUGCGGAGGCUGAGGCUGCUGCGAGACCUGUGCCGCUUCCCCGCGCCUCCCAUCCACUGGUUCUACGGGCACCAGAAGUUACUUCAGGAUGGUAAAAUGGAGAAAUUUGAAGAGCUUGUUGAAAAAUACCCCUGUGCCUUUCCUUGCUGGGUUGGGCCUUUUCAAGCAUUUUUCUACAUCUAUGACCCAGACUACGCAAGGAUAUUUUUGGGCAGAACAGAUCCCAAGUCCAAGUACUCACACAAGUUCUUGAUUCCGUAUCUUGGAAAAGGACUGCUGAGUCUAGAUGGACCCCAGUGGUUCCAGCACCGUCGACUACUAACUCCUGGGUUCAGUGUUAAUAUCUUGAAAUUGUAUGUUGAGGAAAUGGCCCAUUCUGUGAAAACAAUGCUGGGUAAGUGGGAGAAGAUUUGCAGCUCUCAGGACACAGUUGUGGAGGUCUAUGAGCAUAUCAGCUUGAUGACCCUGGACAUACUUAUGAAAUGUGUUUUCAGCCAGGAGACCAACUGCCAGAUAAGCAGUACCCAUGAUGUUUAUGUUAAAACAAUGUUUGAAGCCAACAAAAUCACCUUUUACAGCUUAUACGGUUUCUUACAUCACGACGACAUCAUUUUCAAGUUCAGCCAUCAGGGCCACCGCUUACAAGAGAUGGCCAAAAUUCUACAUCAAUACACAGAAAACCUAAUCCAGGAUAGAAAGAAGUUCCUGAAAGAUGAAAAGAAGCAUGGUAGUACUCAGAAGCAGAAGUACCAGGAUUUUCUGGAUGUUAUUCUUUCUGCCCAGGCUGAAAAUGGCAACAGCUUCUCAGAUACUGACCUAAGGUCUGAGGUGAACACACUGAUGUUGGCAGGGCAUGACACCACAGCAGGGAGCAUUUCCUGGCUCCUCUACUACCUGGCUCUGAACCCUGAGCAUCAAGAGAGAUGCCGGGAGGAGAUCAGGGGCAUCCUGGGGGACGGGUCUUCUAUCACCUGGGACCAGCUGGGUGAAAUGUCAUACACCACAAUGUGCAUCAAGGAGUCACUCCGACUGGCGCCUCCAGUCCCAUCCAUUUCCAGAGAGCUCAGCAAGCCUAUUACCUUCCCAGAUGGACGCUCCCUGCCUGCAGGAAUAACUGUGGUUCUCAAUAUUUGGGGCCUUCACCACAACCCUGCCAUCUGGGAAAAUCCAAAGGUCUUUGACCCCUUGAGGUUCUCCCAGGAGAAUUCUGAUCAGAGACACCCCCACUCCUUCUUACCAUUCUCAGCUGGACCAAGGAAUUGUAUUGGGCAGCAUUUUGCCAUGAUUGAGCUAAAGGUGGCCAUUGCCUUGAUUCUACUCCACUUCAAGGUGGCUCCAGACCCCACCAGACCUCUUGUCUUCUUGCACCAGAUUGUCCUCAAAGCCAAGAACGGGGUCCACUUACACUUGAAGAAACUCCCCUAAUGUUACAGCCCAGGGUACAAUGAUUAUAUAUAUAUCCAACAUAUCCUCUCUAUAUAGGAUAUAUAUAUCCAUUCAUCAAUUUUAUAUAUAUAUAUAUAUACACAUACACACACACACACACACACACACACACACACACACAGAGUUUUAAAGUUAAAUUACAGCUAUUGGGCCAAGAAAAUGAAGAGAAAUCAAAAUAUGGUGGGAGGGUUAGGGGUACAUGGGAUGGGGGUCUUUGUGUAACUGCACAUUAUCCAAAACCAUUUCUAGGUGAUAUCCUGUGUCACCCAGAUCUGUUUCUGUAUGAUUUGGGGAGAUUUUCCAAUCAUUUCUGUUUGAUUCUCGCUGUUGUUAAUGCUACAUACCAAGAAUUUUCCUAGGUGACUUCCAUAUAUUUUCUGUUGCUUUUUAAAAUAGUUUUUGGAAUUAUACAAGUAAUACGUGCAUGUAUGCUCACAGUAAAAGAUAUCCAACAUUCGAAAAGCAUGCAGAGUAAAAUGUAAAAAUCCCACAUCACAUACCCUAUACUUCUCUGCCCUGACCAAACCUACUCAUUUUCCUAAAAACAGAAUAGUUUUGUGUUAAUUUUUUCAGAACUUUUCAUAUACAUUUCAUAUAUACAUAUGUAUAUAUGUAUUCUUACAGAUGGGAUCAUAUCCAUAGUAUUCUUGCUUUUUUUCACUUAAUAAAAAAUACAUCUUAUUCCUAAUCAUGGAUUCAUGAUAUUUUAUAAUAUGAAUGUAUUAUAAUUCAUUGAACUAUUUUCUUAUUAUUGGAUAUUUACAUUAUUUAUGGUUUAAAGACAUGCUUAUUGGCCAAUUGUAUUUAUUUUGUUGUCUGUGACUCAUACAUCAUUUAUGCUCCUUUUCCUAUGGAGUUCUAUAUGAGUUCUCUAAUAUUGUGAAUGAUAGUCCUUAACUGUAACUUUUCUUUAUAACUUUCCCCAUUAUUCUACUUUUAUAAAACUGUAUGGUGUCAGCAUACAGAACUUCUAAAUUUUCAUGAAAUAAGGUAAAUAAACUUUUUUUUAUGGUUUCUGGGUUUCAAUCUUGACUAAGAAAACCUCCAUUUUGAAUAUUAUCUAGGUAUUCUACAUAGUUUCCCGAUGUUAACAACUCUUGUGAAGCCUGAGCGGGAAUUUUUUAAUGAUUUCCAAAUAUUAAUAAUAAUAAUUAUUAUUAUUAUUUCCAGAUUCAUUACUCAUUUGAUGUUUACAUGUCCACUACAUGUCAGAUUUUGUGAUAAU